CGCAUGCGCAGGCAGGACGGCUGUGCGCAGUAACGGUUUGGUGGCAGCCAGCGGGAGGAAGAUGUGAUCGUGGAGAGCAACCGCCGCCUCGGGAGAGGAGAGGAAGAGGCACCAUUCCUAUACACGGAUGACAAGAAACUGGAAUGAAAAGCAAUUUACUGAGCACAGAAGGAGAAAAUAAUCUGCUUUUAGUAUUCUACCAUGGACACUAAAGAUUUGAAAAAAGAGCGAAGACCAGGUUAUUUUGCCAGGCUGCUUCAUAUGACGUCCCCAUACGUCUCACUCUGCAGCCUCUCACUAAAUCUGCACUGGCUGAAGAAAAAAACAAAGCAACUGAAACAGAAGGAAGAGGAACCUUCAGGUUGCAAGGCUGAUAAACCAUUACACAAAAUACAAGUUGGUCAAGGUGUUUCUGAAGAAAACAUCAAUGUAACUCCACUACCUUCUUUUGACCAUGAAAGGGUUAUGGAUAAUUUUAAAAGUUCCUUGAAAACAGGAGACAAUACUGCAGAAGACAAAAGAAAAACUGUUCAAAGGAAGGAAAUCCGACGCGCAGAGCUCAAGAGUUUUUACUUUUCUGGUGACAGUCAGAUAAACAAUGAGAAGGAAAAGAAAAUGGCUUCCCAGAAGCCAAUGGGAACCACUGAAUAUAUGGCCGCGCCUCAAGAUACACUUAACACCAUCGCUUUGAAAUUCGAUGUUACUCCAAAUGAACUUGUGCAGAUUAACAGACUUUUCAGUCGUGUUGUUGUUCCUGGUCAGAUUUUACUCGUACCAGAUACACAUUCUUCACCUGGUGCAGCAAAUUCCUCAGGGUGUGGUAGCCCUCUUACUCCACCAUCAUCUGAUGCCGAGUAUGAUAAACUUCCAGAUGCUGAUUUUGCAAGAAAAGUAACUGCAAGGAAUUUCCUCUGCUCACCAGUGCAUUCGCAGUCUAUUGUGAGAAUAACUUCAUCAGGUUCAGAAGACGACGAACCUCUUACUGAGAAGUUUUUGAAAAUGAACUGCAGAUACAUAACAGAUGGCGAGGGUGUAGUGGGAGGUGUUAUGAUUGUCACUCCAAAUAACAUAAUGUUUGACCCGCACAAGUCUGACUCCCUUGUCAUAGAGAAUGGUUGUGAGGAGUAUGGGCUCAUUUGUCCCAUGGAAGAAGUCAUAUCCAUUGCUUUAUACCCUGAUAUCUCACACAUGAAGAUUAAAGAUGCGCUUCCAUCUGAUGUACCAAAGGAUCUCUCUCCUCUGUACAGGCCUGGAGAUUGGGAUGAUUUGUCUGCUGAGAAGGACCUAAAUCCAUUUAAUCGUUUCAAGGGCAUGAGUAAAAAUCACCAGUUAAGAAAGCAUGAUUCUUUGGAGAAUUGUUAUCCUGACAAAGGAAGAAUGGAAGAUGCAUCUGAUGAAGUUUUUACGGAACUUGCACCAUCCCCAGUUAAAGAGGAAAAUGCUGCAGCUUCUACUGAUGUUAUUUAUAGAGAUGUUGCUGAAAAUAUACUGUCAAAAGCCACUACAGUGGAGUCUGACCUGCAAAACAAUGAAUAUUACCAAAAUUAUUCAAGUAAGAAAUCAACAGAUAUAUCUGAUCCAGUGGAAAGUAAGAAACAAGACUUAGCUGUGAAAAUUAGUGAUUGCACUGACCAACAAGCUAUGCUUCAAAAAACUUCAACUGGGCAAUUGUCAAAAAUGUGCAUUCAUUCUUUUGAAAGCCCACCUAGAAUGGUAGCUGAUCCUUUAGAUGAGGGCAGUUCUGCGAACAGUGAAAUUACCUGUAACAGUGAUGACAUUUCAACCGCUGAAAGCAAAGGGACCUACUUGGAAAAUGACUUGAGUAAAGGGAGCAAAAUUCCCUUGGUGCAGGUUUAUUUACCUAGUGAUGAUCAAAACAAUGAAAUGGCAAAAUCUACUCCAAAGAAAGUAAUUGAGAAAGAUAAUUUUGAAACUGUUUGUCAAUCAGAAGUACAAGCUUUCUUUAACAAACUUAAAGGACCAAUUGAAGACAUGCUUCCAUCAAAAGAGGAGAAGAGUAAGAAACCACCUAUGUUCCUCUGCAUUAAGGUUGGGAAACCGAUGCGAAAGUCAUUUGUGUCUCUCAAUGUGACUACUAUGCAUCAAUAUGUGAAGAGGGGGAAGCAACCUGAGUAUUGGUUUGCUGUUCCACAAGAAAGGGUAGAUCACCUGUAUGCAUUCUUUGUUCAGUGGUCACCAGAAGUAUAUGGGAAAGAUGCCAAGGACCAGGGGUUUGUGGUGGUGGAGAAAGAUGAACUGGAAGUGAUUGACAAUUUCUUCAGUGACCCAAUUCCUAAAAGUUGGGAGAUCAUCACCAUUGAAGAGGCAAAACGACGCCAAAGCAUUGGCAGUUUUUAUGAAGAAGAAGCAGAAGAUCUAGAACCUGUUCUUGCAGACCCUAGUGAACUGUUGGAGAGUUUCCACAUUGAAAAGCUAACACAGCAUCUUCCUGCAAGAACACAGGGCUAUGCUUGGCGACUUAUGUACAGUACAGCUGUUCACGGAACAAGCUUAAGGACGCUUUACCGCAGUUUGGCCGUUGUUGAUACUCCUGUUCUUCUUGUUGUCAAAGACAUGGAUAAUCAGAUAUUUGGAGCAUUGGCAUCACAUCCUUUCCGAUUAAGUGACCAUUGUUUUGGUACAGGCGAAACUUUUCUCUAUACAUUCAAUCCACAGUUCAAGAUAUUCAGGUGGAGCGGAGAAAACUCGUACUUCAUUAAAGGAGACAGAGACUCUUUAGAACUAGGGGGUGGCAGUGGCCAUUUUGGCUUGUGGCUUGACGCAGAUUUAUAUCAUGGAAGAAGCAACCCAUGUAGUACAUUUAACAAUGAAACACUGUCAAAAAAAGAAGACUUCAUUGUGCAAGAUCUGGAAGUGUGGACAUUUGUAUAAAUUUGCUUGAUCUUUUACCAGUCCCACCUUGGUUCUGCUGUUCAGUCCAUUGGAUGAUAUGAUUCCACUGCUAGCUGCCUUACAUUGUGUCUGGUGCUCUCAGCAUACUGCAAAAGAGCAUGUUUCUGAAUGCAUAAGCUACAAUUUUAAAGUUGAACUACAAAGGAGAUCAUAGGCCACAGUUUUCCAGCAAGUCAAUGAUUGCUUUGUAUUCUGUCAACUUGCUUGGGACCCUUACAUCUGCAUUGCAUCGUGUGCUAAAGGAAGCCAGUUAAGUCAGUGAAACAUUUUUGACAGUUUUUUGGUGUAAAGGAAGAGCAAAAGAAAACUUUGUCAUGACAGAUGUAGUUCCUUCCAAGUGCUGUGUGCUAGCUGAAGAGUGACUGGCUAUAAAGUGCUUGUACAUCCAAAGCUAUGGUGCAAAGCAGUGCUUUUCAAUUUAAGAGGAUAUUAAAUAUAAAAGCAUUUUAUGACCACAUAAUGCAUGUUGAAGAAACAUUGUUCAAUACUAGUAUGUUAGUCUGGUCUUUUUAAUUGUUUUAUCACAUUGCUUAAAGUCUUAAUUGGAAUGUUUAAUAUUCUCUAGAAAUGCUUGUUUGCAUUCCAUUAAGUGGAAGUAAAUCUGUUGAAAAAGUGACAAUCCUGGGGUUGGGGGGAGGAGUUACAAUUAUGCCAGGAUCAUUUAUAUAUUAUAGUACAGUACUUUAAUGUAACUCUUAUUUGUUUUUGGUUACAUUAGAUGUUUUAUACCCUGUAUUUAGGGUUGGUUUUGUAUCAGUGCAGGCACUGAACGCCAUGUUUCAAAUCUUCGUUUACAGUUAAUGAUUAUGUAAAAUACUUGUUUAUUGUGUAUGUAUUUUUGCAUUCAUUUGAACAUUCCAGUGUCUUAAGGAUAUAAAGGGAAUUGUUAAGCGCACACAAGGAAUAUCAUAGCACUUUGAAAGAAAUGUUAAUAGCUUUUUUGGCACCAUAUACAGCUUGAAUUACGAAGAAUCAAGUCUACACAUACAUCAUUCUCCCUUCAUUUCAGUCAAUUAAAGUGCAUUUUGUGUAACAAAGUACAGUGCAAAAAAUUUUUUUGAUUAUUUCUGGAUUAUCUUGAUAUUAGGUUGUUAAACAUAUUUUAAAGAAACAUCAAACUUUUCAAAAAGCUUAGAACAAUUAAAGUGCAUGUUAUGUAGAUUUGAUUUUUUUCUUCUGUAUCAGAUAUUGAAACAGUGAUAGAAAAAUAAUGCUGUUUCCAGAAGGUGCCGUGUCUAUUUCUGAUCACCAAAAUUCAGGAACAAGAUCUAAAGAGCAUUUCAAUACUAUUUAAAGUUGCAAGUUUUCAACAAUAUUUUUUCAUAUUUGGCUGUUGUGAUGCUCUUUAAGAAUAUCUGAACAGAGCACUAAAUGUUUCACCUGUUUUUUUUAAAGUUUAGCAUUUGAUAUGUUAAACAAUAGCUUAUGAAUCAUAUUGUAUUUAAUACACUAUACCCAUAGUGUUAUAAAAACAAUCAAAAUUGUAUCUGAAUUCAGUAUCUGUGACUGUCAUUAAAAAUAUAUACUGUAAAACACUUUUGCAGUAAAUCCAAUAAAUCUAUGUACUUAA